AUGUCCUCUUUCUUUGCCCAGUCCUUCAAGCCCCAGGUCGUCUCCCGCCAGGAGGGCUUCCACCCACUCCCGUCCCCGGACCCGCCCUCGCCGUCCUCGCCCUUUGACUCCAACGCCAACGCCAACAACCACCACCUCUUCAUGUCUCCCUUCCUCCCAGACCCCUUCCGCAAGUUCCCCGCCGUCGACGCCCACCUCGACCCCUUCUCCGACGACCUCGCCAGCUUCAUCGGCAGCGCGCCCUCGCCCCACCACCACGCCCAGUCGUCGCAGCACGCCCAGAGCAACGAGCGCUCGACCCAGAGCCCAGCCUACGACGACUACCGCCCGCCCCCGCACAACAUCUUUGACAUCUCCGCCCCCACCCCGCACCACUCCCACCAGCAAGCGUACCAGCAGCAGCAGCAGCAGCAGCAGCAGCAGCAACAGCAGGGUGCGCACGCGUACUCGCUGCCGCCCGCCUCGGCGCUGCACCCGCACGGCCUGCACGACUUUACGACGCACGCCCACUUCAACAGCACCCUCCCCGCGCUCGGCUCCUCCAUGCGCUACGAGCCCCCACCCGCCUCCGCCGGCGCAGACCCCGCCUCGGUCCCCUCCUUCUCCUCCUCCCACCUCUCCUCCCUCUCCACCUUCCCCGACUUCCACAUGCCCCCCUCCGGCCGCACCCCGUCCCCCCACACCCCCGCAGCGCCCCCACACGCCGCCUCCUUCUCCCGCUCCCGCUCGCGCUCGCGCCCCCCAACGGCCCACCCGCACGAGCCCCCCAGCACCAACGGCGGCCCCGCCCGCCGCACCCGCGCCAAGCGCGGCAGCCUCAGCUCCGUCAGCCCGCCCCCGCUCCACCGCGGCCACACCCAGCCCCUCGUCAUCCCCGGCCCCGGCUCCGCCGUCCCCCUCGGCGCCCGCGCACCCGCCAGCCCCCUCGGCCUCCACUCCGCCACCGGCUCUGGCUGGUUCCUCCCCGGCCCCGGCGAGUUCCUCCCCACGCCCGACAGCGUGCACGGUGGCUUCUCGGCGUUCACGGGCCCCGCGAGCAUGAGCAGCGUGGGCGGCGCGACCGCGCUCGGGGUGUCGCCCAAGGACUCGCCCGUGGCGGAGAGCGCGCCCCCGCCUGGGGACGUCGCCAUGAAGCAAGCGCUGCUGGCGAACGAGAAGCGGCGGCGGCGCCGCGAGUCGCACAACGCCGUCGAGCGCCGGCGGCGGGACAACAUCAACGAGAAGAUAUCGGAGCUCGCGACGCUCAUCCCCGAGUGUCUCCUCGAUCCCAACGCGACGCUCACGAUGCCCGCGUCGCUCUCCGCGUCGGGCGAGGACCUGCUCUUCGGCGGCGCGCCCGCCAAGGAGAAGGACAAGGACAAGGGCGCGGCCUCGCCCGCGGAGAGCGCGAACGGGAAGGAGGACAAGGACGGGAGCGCGGAGCCCGAGGACGGCGCGGGCGCGGUCGUGAAGGCGAACAAGGGGAUGAUCCUCCGGAAGAGCGUCGAGUAUAUCCGGUACCUCCAGCAGCUCGUGUCCGCGCAGGCGUCGCGCAACCGCGACCUCGAGCAGCAGCUCAGCGCCUUCCGCGUGGGCGGCGGCGCACCGUCGUCGUCCGCUGCUGCUGCCGCUGCGGAAGACGAGCUCGGCGCGCUGAUGCUCCACGAGGAGGUGGACGCGUUCGGGUUCUUCGCGGGGAUCGGCGGCGCGCCGCACGCGAAGCGGCAGCGCGCGCGGCUGGAGCGCGUGGACGAGACGCAGAUGGAGGUGGACGACGCGUCCGCGGCGACGUCGACCGGGGAGGAGAACGACGGGGAGGGCGAUGGCGACAACGAGAUGGCGGACGCGAGCGCGUCGCUGCCGUCGCCCGACCCGGACCCGGACGAGGGCGCAAGCCAGGGCCAGGAGGAGGUGAGGGGGCGCCGUGGGCGCCCCGGUGCUGGUGGUGUGGGUGGGCCGGUCAAGGUGAAUGGGGUGAAGAAGGAGGGGGACAUGGAGUCGUGA